CAGUAAUGAAAAUGUGCAUGUGUUAGUGAUAAAAAUCAGUAUAAAAAUAAAUGUCACUGUAGCAAUUUAUUAGGAACUUCUGCAAUGCGGUCAAACAUUUUACACUCGUUCCUUGUCGUCAUACAUGUGGCUUUUGCAGCCUCGCAAUCAUUGGAAGCCUGUGAAGGUGAAGACCUUACGGUACAAUGCAACUCCGGGAUUAUUAAUAUUCUUGGUGCCAACUUCGGGCGUACUAAUUCUCAAACAUGUUCCUCAGACAAACCCAGCAACCAAAUAACUAACAUAACUUGUCUCGCAACAGGCUCACUAAGCAUUGUUCAAAAGCAGUGUAAUGGAGUAAGUAGUUGCAGAAUUCCUGCAUCCACUAGUCAAUUCGGAGAUCCGUGUCCUGGAACUUUUAAAUAUUUAGAAGUUGAUUAUAAUUGUAUAACUGAUGAUGAACCACCAAAUACAGCUACUGCUUGUGAAGCUCAGACAGCUUCUCUGUCUUGUAGUGUUGGACUUAUUAACAUUUUGAGUGCCAAUUAUGGUCGUACGAAUAAUAUAACGUGUGCAGAUGGGAAAGCAACUAAUCAAAUUACAAAUACAAAUUGUAUAUCUACUAAUUCAUUGGCAACGGUUAAAUCCUUGUGUGACUUAAAAACAUCAUGUAGCGUUACCGCCAGUAACACCGUCUUUACUGAUCCGUGUAUUGGGACAGCAAAGUUUCUGGUGAUUUCUUAUGAGUGUCAAGAUAUAACUACAAAGCCUACAACAAUAACUGGCGCCCAAAGUCCUAGUACUACAACAUGCACACCCCCAAGACUGACACCACUCCAAGAGUACUUGCUGAUGAUGAAACGUUUCUUUCAACAAUUUAGACCCUAUCCUCAACCAGAACCUCAACGUCCUCCAGGUUUUUUACAAGUGCCCCAAAUUCCAUUGGAACAGCGUUUUGGUCUAUCCCCACCACAAAUACAACCCCACAGACCAAUAAACAAUCUAAUCGGGUGAAUAGAGGGAUAUAUUAUAUUACGUUUAAUUUGCAUUAUUGAAGUUUUAAUUGAUUUUAAAACUAAAAUAAAUAAAUAAAACUAAUGAAAA